UCGCUGUCUGCUUAGAACCCCAACACAAAAAGAGAACUGAGCCGCUCGGGCAAAGCAAUCGCUGAGCUGAAAUUCUUCAUCUUUCCGCAACUCGUCACCCAUUCGCAACGCGGAAUCUUCCUGGUAGAAUGGAGAACCCGGCAGCAACUGGGCUUCCUGAAGUGGAUGCUCUGCCCGAUGGGUUUGUCGAGAGCACCCCAGAGCCUUUGGGGCCUCUGACUCCGGCGCCCGAGCAAGAAAACAACAGGGUCAGCGACACGUCGAAGCACGGAGAUCUGCAUGAAUCAAUUCAAGAAUCUGAACCUGUUGAGGUCGAGGCGGGCGUGCGUAAUGUUGAGAAGACCCAGAAGCCUAGAAACUUUCCUGUCCCUCUAUCCGAGACAGAGAAUUUUGAUGCGUCACUGGAAUUGUUGGAUGAGAAUGAUGGAGCAUGUAAAGAGCAGUUGAUGCCUCAUUUGGCUGACUCUCGUUCAGAGUCCUCGGUGAAGUCGCCCGGACAGAGUGAGGUAAAAGAACAAGUGCUGGGCAAAUCUCAAAGUUCUGAAAGACCUUCUGAAGGAAAUUCAGAUACACAAGCAGCUGACGUGAGGGAAUUACCUUUGUCAGGUAGCAACCAGGCGUCAAAAGUUAAAAAACCGGAAGCCUCUGAAACGAAACGUAAGAAUGUAAAGCGAAGCUCUAAGUCAGAAAAGGACAUUUUGGAGUUUACCCUGAAAUAUCAACAAGUUCUUGCAGAAAGAGAUGCUGCUAUUGCUGUUCGAGAUAAGCUCGAGUCAUUAUGUAGGGAGUUGCAACGCCAAAACAAAAUGCUAAUGGGUGAAUGCAAACAUGUAUCAACGGAGGGUCAAAACUUGAGACUAGAAUUAUCAGCCAAGUUUCAGGAUGCUAUUAAGGAGGUGAGCAACAAGCUGGAGCAUCAGAAGGACGAAAGCCUUUCUCAGCUGAAGGAGAAUGAGAUGUUAAAGAUUAAGCUGAAGCAGCUAGCUGAUCAGUACGUGCUUUCAGAGCAGCACCAUGAGCAAGAGCUAAAGCAGAAGACUCUGGAACUCCAGAUUGCUGAGUUGAAGAUUAAACAACAUGAGGAGAAAAUGACUCAGGAACAGUCUCAAAUGAAGAUGUAUGCUGAACAAGUAUCACAAUUGUUGGCAACAGAGAAGAAUUUGCGGUUACAGUUGACUGCAGAUGGAGAAAAGUUCCAGCAGUUCCAGGAUGCAUUGGUGAAGAGCAACGAGGUUUUUGAGACAUUCAAGCAAGAAAUUGAGAAGAUGGCAAAGUCGAUAAAGGAUCUGAAGAAGGAAAACAUGUUCUUGAAAAGCAAAUGCGAGAAAUCAGACUUUACUUUGAUAGAGCUCGUGGAGGAGCGGGAGCGCACGAAAAAACAGAUGGAGAAGUUGAAAAAUCAGAAGGAGAAGCUUGAAUCUCUAUGCCGAACCCUCCAAGCAGAAAGGAGGCAGAACUCUUCGGUCAGCAAUAGUUCAGAUUCACUGCAAAGUUGAUAAAAAUCGAACUGGAGUUUUACUUUUCUCUUGCUUUAAGAUUAAGAAUGGUGCGAUGCAAGAAUGGACUCUAGAGAGACGGAGCGUUUGAUACGAGGGAACCUAAAUAGAUUUCUGGUAAUGUUACCUUAAAUUUUCUGAGCCCCACAAGAUUGACGUGGUUAUUACAUCAUAUUUACCAGUCUUGAUUGUAAUAGCAGUGCACAUUAGCACCAAAGUGGUGAUAUGAAUAGCUACCAUGAGGAUUGUCUAUGUAGAUGACCACCAUGGUGGCAAGAUGCAUACACUUCUACUUAACAUUACCGAUGAUGUAAAUGGCGUUAAUUUAAAGUGGUAAUUCGGUUUGUCAGAAAUACUUUGUAAUAAUGUAUCAAACACCGCCUAAGAUAUUCUUGAUUGAAUUUUUAAGGAUAACUUCUCUGUCUGUC